GCCUAGUGCCCCGACUCACUAGCAGAGUAUUCUUAUUCUCUCUUACUUCCAUCUUCCGAAACCGUCCAGGGUGCAGCACCCCGCUCAAUAACAAAAAAUUCCAAAUCCUGUGCUGCCAUGUCUCCAAGCUGCUGCCUCUUCUGGGCCUGGUGGGUAUCGCUGAUGCUGGCCGUUGGGGCGGCUGAGGAGCACACGGAAGGCUGCUCGGCUAUGAGCUGUGGCAACCUCACCAUCUCUGACCCAUUCUGGCUCUCUGAUUGGCAGACGGGAAGAUCAUGUGGUUCCCCGGACUUCGAAAUCACCUGCCUUAACAACACUCCAGUUCUACCAAGCUCUAUACCCUUCAGUGUCGGAUUCAUGAUCAUGGACAUCUCUUACGAGGAAGAGAGUUUGCGCGUUGUGGAUAUCUGCAAGCAGAAACUGUUGCAAGCGUCCAACAGCUGCCAAGGAACAGGCUGGAACACCUCCGACAAGCUGGGCAUCCCGUUUAAGAUCGACCCCAUCAACCUGAACCUUGUCAUGUACAACUGCACAGCGGCUGCCGUGGCACGUCGGAACGGAGAGCUGGAGCAGACAAGAAUGAGGUGUGGGAAUGAGAGCCAGGUGUUUGUCCGCACGGAAGGGAGUUACGAUGAGACAAGGGCUAUCGAGGGCUGUGACAGUCCCGUAGUCGUGCCGGUGCUGGGUGGUGCAAACGGCGAGGUGAUCACAAGCGACUACGAGCAGCUCAUCGGCGGCGGCUUCCUCUUGAAAUGGCAGCGUGCACCUGUCAGUGGUAGUAAGUGGGCCUUCACGAAGAUCAUGUUAAUAGCUUUGACAUCAGCAGGUGCAACCUUGCUCUUUACAUGUAUUUAUUUCCUAACAUGGCAUAAAAAGGGCAAGCGACAAUGGUUUCUCAAGAAGACUAGCAGCAACAAUGAAAAGAAUUAUGAGGCCAUGAUAGUAUCUUAUGGAUCCCUAGCUCCAAAAAGAUACAUGUACUCAAAGGUAAUGAAGAUAACGUCUUCUCGCAGUGAUCAGCUUGGAAGAGGUGGUUAUGGUGUGGUUUACAAAGGAAGACUACAUGAUGGUCGUUUGGUUGCUGUAAAAUUCUUGCAUGACUGCAAAGGAAAUGGCGAUGAGUUUGUGAAUGAGGUUAUGAGCAUUGGCAGGACCUCUCACGUUAAUAUUGUUAGCUUAUUUGGGUUUUGUUUGGAGGGAUCGAAACGAGCUCUUAUAUAUGAGUACAUGUCCAACGGUUCCUUGGAUAAGUACAUUUACUCAGGGAACCCAAAAGAAACUUUAGGAUGGGAGAGGCUUUAUGCGAUAGCAAUUGGGAUUGCUCGUGGCCUAGAAUACUUGCACCAUGGCUGUAAUGCUCGGAUUGUUCAUUUCGAUAUCAAGCCUCAGAAUAUCCUUCUAGACAAGGAUUUUACCCCAAAGAUUGCUGAUUUUGGUCUAGCUAAAUUGUGUCAUGCAAAUGAGAGCAAGCUUUCGAUGACUGGUCCUAGAGGAACAAUUGGAUUCAUCGCUCCAGAAGUUCACUAUCGAACCUUUGGUGUGGUUUCAACAAAGUCAGAUGUUUAUAGUUAUGGAAUGAUGUUGCUAGAGAUGGUUGGGGGAAGGAAAAAUGUGAACUCAAUUGCUGAAAAUUCCAGCAAACAAUAUUUUCCAGACUGGAUUUAUGACCACUUUGCAGAAGAUGAUGGAUUCCAAGCAUGUGAUGUCACAAGUGAAAUUGAGGAAAUGGCAAAAAAGAUGACCUUCAUUGGCUUGUGGUGCAUACAAAUACUACCCAUUUAUCGCCCUACAAUAGCCAAAGUUUUAGAAAUGUUCGAGAGAAGCUUAGAUGAAAUGGAGAUGCCACCAAAGCAAAACUUUUGUGAACUACUUGAAGAUUCAGCUCAGAAUAUGAGCAUACAAAGUGCAAGUUCUACCAGUCCUGAAGACAUAAGCCUUGUGAAUUCAAAAAACCUUGAAGAGUUGCCAAGUCAUUGA